GCCAAUAACAGUAAUCCUGGGCUAGGAGUACAUUCAUUUUGGGCUUGAGCAUGAUGGGCCUUUUGGAAGACAGACCUGCCUCCAUGAUGACAUGGACUAAUCUUAUUAGAGGGGAUUUUUUCCUUCCACAUUUUGCCCCCAAUUCCUCUUUAAUUGGACUACGGCUCCUAAUUAAAGGAGAAUUGAAGUUGUGCAGUUACCACUUUUCGCACGAGGCAUUUCCAUUUUUGUCUAUUGUUAUUCUGACUCAAGGACUUCUUCAAGACUUGCUUUUGUUCUCACUGCGCUUAUUUCGUCCUUCGCGUUCUUCACAUUCUCAUAUCUCUAGGUUAGUUUUUCUUCUCCUUAUUCCAAUUUUGCAUUAUGAGUACUUCGACUACUUUUGAACUUAUAGAAAUCGUGGACUCUAAGUCCACACCCUUGUCUUCCCCUAAUCUCAUUAGGGUUCCUCCUCCUAAGGUUUCGAACUUCUUUAGGUCUGCAAAUGACUCAGCUAAUCAGCCGGAUGUUUCUCCAAUCCAGGCUGAGACAUCCACCUCUGGGUCUGACAGUAUUUUUACUAAGGAAGAAAGAGAUGUAAUUUUAUUUAUUCGUCGUAUUAAGUUUUCCAUUGAAUCCGUAAUGGAAGAUUUUGAGAUUCCCGAGGGGGUAGAAAUUGUAGAAUACCCCAAGGGUACCGAUUUUUGUGCCGGCGAGGGCGUCGAGGAAGACUAAAUGUUGGGCAUCUCAAUGCUCUUAGAUUCCCCCUUCACCCUUUUUACCAUUUAAUUUUUAACAAAUUAGGGAUUGCACCCCUACAAGUAAACCCUAACUUCCUUCGAAUAAUCUCGGCACUCCUAAUUCGCUGAUGGCUGGAGAGUCUUGACCUGACUCUGGCUAACUUGCUGAUUACUACACUAUUUCUAAGCAUGGAACCAAACCUGGUUGCUUCUAUUUUACCUCUCCCUUGCACCAGAGGAUAUGUACAGACCUCCCUACUUUUGAAAAGAAGUGGAAAGAGAGGAUGAUAAUUGUUAAAAGGAGAUGGGCCGUACCUCAAUCGAGCAAACUCCCAAUCCCACACAAGUUCGGGAAGUUAGGUAUAGAAUAUCCCCCCUCUCUUCAUAAAGAUUGUUCUGGCCGUUUCCCAUGUCGAGUCUUAUUCUUUUGGUAUAUUUAUGAGUUUCUUGGUGAUUUUUCAGUGACAUUCCCCUCCUCUGCUACCAAGAAGAGGCUUUCCUUUCUGGAAGAGCAGGUUUGGAAAGAGCCUCCUUCUGUUGAGGACUUACUUAUCUCCUCAAACCUUAAAGCAAUUGCUUCUAGAGCCGUAACUGCAAACCUCAUGGACCUCUUACUCCCCUCUUUUGAUAGCUUCCCAAUGACUAGGGAAGAAAAGCAAAGGGCUGAAGCUUUAAAGAGAAAGGCUGCAGAGAGUGCCCCAUUGACUAUAUUGCACUCAAAUGAAUAAGAGAAGGAGAUUGAUGAAAUUCCUCUGCAUAAGAAGGCGAGGUUGACUUCUUCUUCAACCAUGAAAUCCAAGAGUGCUUCCAAUCCAAAAAGUAAAGGAAAGAAGGCUAAGGAGACUGAUCCUGAAGAGGAGGUCAAAGCUUAUGUCCUGGCUGAGGCUGGGGCACCUUGGACUCCUUCUUUCUCGAGGGCUGACAAAUCAGUCCUCCAUACCGGUUAUUCUAUGAUCACUGACCCAUCUGCGGCGCUGGCUGUUGCUCGGGGAAUGUGGCUCCCCAAAGAUGAAGAGAUUAUUGGUAGAAUGGGAUUGGAACAGCUACUCCCUUCUGCCCCAGUUCGUACCAUAGAGGGCCUGUAUCACACCAUGGCUCUUUGUGCCACUGUUGAGGCUCAAUCUUUCUCCCUUCAGAAGCUGGAGAAUGACCUCAACAAUUCUGAGAAGAAGGCAUUUCAUGCCAUUGCGAAUGCACAAAUUGCAUACGAAGAUAAGGAUGUUUAUAAGAAACGUCUGGCUGCUUCGGACGCGAAAGUGGAGUUACUGGAGGCUGAGGUUCAACGUUUGAACGAUGCCCUUAGCACCUACAUCAUUGCAGGGAGGCAAAUGCAGGGGCGUUACUCCAGUUUAGUGUGCUUGUCUAUCGCCAAGGCCUACAGGUCCGGCUUUAAUCAAGGUUCAGACAAGAAAACAACAGAUCCUGAGGCUUUUGAUGCUCAUAUGGUGGUAUCUUUCCCCUAUGAUGAGAGUCCGAAGGCUCAGGAAGUUGAAGUGCUCUUUGUCGAGAUGGUGAAGGCUCAUCCUGAAGUCCCUCCGGCUCCCAAUGCACCAACUCCUGCAGUUGCUCCUGGCCCUUCAAUUCCUCCAACUUCGAGUCCAGCUAUGGUGGACGCUUUUGAAUCUGCUUUGUUUGAUCCGAAGAGGAAGUAGGAUCAUGUAACCUCAUUUUUUGUAAUGAAACACUUUUUGGAAUAAUAUAACUAUGUUUCUUAGGAUGUGACGCAUUAAUUUUGCUUCGACUGAAUAUUCUUUAAUACCUUUAGCACACACUUUGUUGAAUGUGAACAUUUUAAGGAAAGCUCCCUACCCGAGGGUUCCACAUUUGUUAUAGUCCGAAGCAAAAAUAAAUAAGAUGCUAAGAAGGGAUCUCCUUUGACAGUUUACCUGAUAUCGGAGGAUUGUUUUUCCCUUUUAUGAUUUAACCGUCAAGGGAACCCUUCUUGAAAUGGAUUUAUGUGAAGUAAAUAUGUAUAUACUUGUUUCUUUUUGUAUUUUUUCAAUGUGGGACAACCUUGUGGCUCAUACUAUUGAGCUUAGAGCUAGUGAGUAUGAC